UCUUCUCUUCUCUCCGGAAGAGGAAGCGCCUGCAGUUUGGUGAAGUUUGGAGAGUUUGUGUGGCGCCGCGCUGGAUCUUCUCCACCCCGCAGACACUCAGACAACAGAUUAACCUGCUUUAAAAUGGUGAGCAUUUCUCCACUGUAGCGUGCCAGAGGGAAUGGAGGAGUGCGAGUUGUCUCCGGCAGGGAGGGAACAGCCCUGGAAGGCGGCGAGCCUGAAGAGGAUGGCAUGGGCCCAGAGCCGUGAUUCCUGGCAGGCUCCAGAGUCUGAGGAGCAGAGUCCAGAGGAGCUGCUGCCCGCACAGGCUACAAACCACAAGCCCGGUCCGGCCGAGACAGGACCCAUCCCUAACAAAAUAGCGAGCUGGCUGAGAGAGUGCAGGACUCCUCUUGGAGCCUCCCUGGAUGAUCAGUCCAGCAGUCCGUCCAAAGGACCAUUGAGGAAUGGCUGCAGCUUUGAAGAUGACCUGUCCUUGGGUGCUGAGGCCAAUCAUCUCCAGAACAGCAGUACAAAGCCUGGUGACCCUGGCUACAGCAUGCCAGCCAAGGAGAAGAGGAGCCAGUUCAAACAGAAAGGCCGGAGCAUGAACUCCACCGGCUCAGGGAAAAGCAGUGGUACCGUCUCCAGUGUUUCGGAGCUGUUGGACCUGUAUGAAGAAGAUCCGGAGGAGAUCCUUUAUAACCUGGGCUUUGGCCGGGAGGAGCCCGAUAUUGCCUCCAAAAUCCCAUCCCGCUUCUUCAAUUCACCAUCCGGUGCAAAGGGCAUCGAUAUCAAGGUGUAUCUGGGAGCACAAAUGCAACGCAUGGAGCUGGACAACCCCAACUACGCCCUUACCAGCCGAUUCCGCCAGACGGAGGUUUUGGCCACUGUGGCCAAUGUCUUCUCCGAGAUCUACUCUCAGGUGUCCGGCCGACCACUCCAGAGAAUCGGCACCAAGGAGGCGGAGCCUAAAGAGCCCCCCCUACUGAGGAAUAACAGCUCUGCCCUCAACGCAGCGAAGAUCCUGAAGAAGAGCCUCACCCGCCCAAACCUUCUGAACACAACGGAGGGAGGGCACAGUCAGCCUGGCGCGACCUCUGACCCUAACGGAGCGGAGAGAGGGAGUCUUCGUGACCUCCAUUCAGACUCGGAGCCCAAACCACAGAAGGUUUUCUGGAAGAAAGACUCUUCUCCUCAUCUGGCGACAGUGACGGAGGAAUCUCUUCAGGGUGGCGUGAACGCUGUAGAAGGAAAGUCCGCUCUGAUUCACGAAGCCCCGUGUGGAGAGCCGCCGCCCAUUCCUGGCGCUCCAGUCGUGGUCAGCAUCACCGAUGUUUCGGGGAAGAAUGGUGAUGCUCCGGCCAGUGAAUUGGCUGUGAGCGAGGACAGAGAGCGCCAGAAGACGGUUCCCUCGUCCACGCCGGAUAGAGAAACGUGCUCCCUGCUGCCCAACCCACACAUGAAUCACCUCCGCACUGAGCCCAGAGACUCCUUCGAGAUGGAGGAGUUGCCGAGUAACGAUGAUGAGGCUGUUCCUGGAACUCGCUGUAUCUCCAGAGCUGGCAGUGAGAACUUAUUAAGAACGGCUAGUCAGCAGUCCGACAGCAGCGGCUUUGCGGAAGACCCCGUAACAGACGGUUCAGCGAAUCCGAACUUGAAGGUCCAGGAGAGCUCGGACAGCUGCGACAGCGAGACGACCGUGACCUCUCAUGCCGGUGGGGUCAGCACACCCUUGGCUUUGGAGCACCCUGCUUUUGAGAAGCUUCAGGGUGACGAGGGACACCUUGGCCUAACUGGAGUGGCGGAGGACUUUCCUAAAUACACGGCCCAUCAGGUCCCACGACAUGAAAUCCCAGAUCAGACCGUGCAGGAGACGGAGAGCGGCACUGAUGGGUCUGAGACGCAGAUUCCAUCAGAUAGACUUUUUAGUUCUAUGGAGACGAGCUCGAGCAUCGAAUCUGGGUCCACUGUAACUGUAGAGUCAGGAGAUCAAGAAUUCUCGAUAGAUUCAGCUUCUGCAGGUGUAGAUACGACGUCAGAAGGUGCGGUUGGCUCUACCACAGAGCAUGAUGGCACAGCAGAGAUGGACCCUUCAUUACAGUCUUCCACUACGUUAGACGCCACAGUGGAGCCUGACUCCAGCUUAAAGAGAGGACCUUUACAAAAGCAAGUUGGUCCACAGUCUCAAAGGGGCAGAGAUCAGAUCCGUAGCACCUCUGAGAAGGUCCGGAGCGCCUUACUUCGGGCCGAGCAGCGGUCAUCUUCAGUUUGCGAGGACCGGGUAGGUCGGGUUUGGAUCCGGAGAAAGGAUCUGUUUAGGGAUCGAGACGAUGAGACCAGAAACCCACUGAGAAGGUCUAGCUCCCUUCCGAACUCAUUGCUGAGCCCAACCAGGGUGGUAUCAUCUGUGCGAAUCCAGCUGGGCGGCGGUUCGGUCCGGCAUUGCACCCCUCCCGCCUACAGCUACAAAUACGAGGAAGAAAGGGAACGGGACGAGGCCGAUUCCAUUGCAGAGGAAGACGAAUAUGCAGAGGAAGCUCAGUCCACCUGUAGAUCCACUCUCCUUAUCCAGCAGACAUCCACAGAAAGUGAGUCGUUCAGGCCGCCCCCAUACCCACUGAAUGUGCCACCGCACCUCACCCGGUCAGCUAGCUCACUCUACAGCGUUCCUGCUGACUGGCCUUUGCGACGUCUGGCUGAAGGUCCAGUUUGGAGUACCAACAGUGUCCCGGAUUUGACCCACACUGCAAUGCCACAUUCAACACUUCCACAACAAAGCCAGCACCACUUGCCUCAUUACAGAGGGGGCACUAGCUCACCGUACCCCCCCAGCAAACCUGUUAACUACCCCAGUCACGGUGUUGUCCCAGGCUCGCUCAACAGCCCACUCAGCCACAUACUGAGUCCCCCGUAUGCUCAGUAUACACAGCCACAGGACUCGUUGCAUCCUCACUCGCUGCAUGGUGCCCCUUUCCCCCAGCCAAACGUGCCUUACAACCACUCACACAGCUUCCCCUGUGGGCCAUCAGCAGCCUUCCAUUCCUCUUACAACCCUUCUCCUCCUUUGAACGCCCCCUAUGGCUCCACAUUCAACAUGCAAGGAGGUCCGUACAACCCUUACGCGCCUCUCACUAACUCCCACGGAGCCCCCAACAGUCUCAUCUCCAAUUGUGCACCUUACUAUCCACAUAUGCCCUACGGACACCAGUACAGCGGCCCGUUCACCCCUCCGCAUGCCCCCUUCCCAUGCGACACUGCAACCCCUCCACCUGCGAUGGGCAGUACGGAAAUGCAACUGAGACGAGUUCUGCAUGAAAUCCGAGGCACUGUACACAGUCUCAACCAGAGCCCUUCAGUGCAACGGGAUGGCACACCCUUAGGGACACAGAGUCCGCACCAAGCUGCCCAACCACUUUAUGAGGAGCUCCAGAUGCGGCGCAGGAGUCUGAAUGUCUUCAGGACUCAGAUGAUGGACCUGGAGCUGGCGCUGAUGAGGCAGCAGUCCACGGUCUACCAGCACUUCAGUCCUGAAGAGAGAAGGGAGGCAGAGCAGCUGCAGAGGCUGAGAACUGCAGUCAGACAGGAGCUGCAGGAGCUGGAACUGCAGGUGGAGGAUCGACUCCUGACCCUCAGUGACCAGCUGCGCUCGUCGUCGUCGUCCCGCCUCUGCCGCCACCCGCUGGGCAUGAUGAGAGGUCACAGCAUGGACAGUCUGUCCAGCUCUUCUGCUCUCAGGGCCAUGGAGCCGAUGACCGACCUCUUGCGGGAGCAGCUGUAUCUUCAGUCUGAGCUGGGUUACGAUGGAUCUGCCACCCCCAUCUCCGGCCGCUCAUCCAGAGCUGAAAGUCCAUCCAGAUCCACCAGAAAUUCUGACCACUACUGUCCUUCCCCACAGAGAGGAGGCCUGUACCGUGCCUCCGUCAGCAUCACCCCCACUGUCCCUCGGAGGCCUGGAGUGGGGCUCGGUCAGCCUCCACCAGCAGAAAGCCAAGAGCAGACCAUGAGCCCUAAUCCGUCCGAGGGCAGAGGUCAGAGAGGGAGUUUUAGCGUCUUCUCUCAAGAGGACCAGGCGAGCACAACUAGUGAAGAUAUUCAGUUUCAGGACGAGAGAAGAGGGGGAAACGCUCACCUGCAGCAGCUCAUCCAGGAGAUAAAGCAGAGUCUCGCUGAGGAGAUCAGACAGGAGAUUGUGAAUGAGCUCCUGGCUGCAGUAUCACCACGGCGAUCUCCCGUAGUGGCAAGAGAGCCGCCGGCGUGACCAUGGUGAUGGAGAGGAGAAGCGGCCGAAGAGGAGGAGUGCUGUGAAAGUAAAGUCUGAGCGAACACUGAUGAAGCCGUGCACUGAGAUCAGCUCAACGUCGCCCCUGCAUCCGCCACACACUACUGCAGAAACCCCCCCCCCACUCUAUCCACACCAUCCGCUCCCACUUAAACACAGGGGUCUAGCCAACCUUGCACUACUGCAGCAACAUCCUACAGCUACAGCAGAAACGUCCCACAGCAACAGUAACAGCUACAGGAGAAACACCCAUCCACCCUCAAAUCCUCCAGCUGCUCCACCCUCUGAGGCUUAUCUGCACUGCAAAAAAUAACAUUUUGUCAAGUAAAAUUAUCUUAAAUAUAGUCAAUAAAUCUAAUAUUUCUCCUAUUGAGAUUGUUGUAAGCUUACUUUAAGAUUAUUUAACUUAUU